CUGGUGAGCAACUUCACUAUACUCGAGGGUUUAAGGAUUCUUCGCGUCUGACAAAACUUGAGGAAGAAAAAAAAACAAAUGUCUCUGCUUCGAAUUUUGUCGACUCUUUACAAAGGAACUCAUCGGACUUCACGUUCCUUCUCUUCUUCGCGGAAUCUGAUCUGCACCACUUUCGCUAAUCCACUCUCCGGGAAACCGAGGAUUUCGUAUCAGAAUGAUUAUGGAGGCCAUAGAACAAAUUUGCAUCUCUUGGAUUCUCGGCUUUGGAUUAUCUUAUCUGGACAAGCUGCAAUCCUUGGGUUUUGUGGGAACACUGUAUUGGCAGAGGAUGAGUCUAUGAAGUCGAAAUCUGGAGAUAAUAUGGAUGAGAGUGGCAAUACUGGGCUAGAAAAAAUUGAGGACGGGUCGGUUGUAUCUAAUAUACACACAUCUAAGUGGAGGGUGUUUACUGAUAGUGGAAGAGAUUAUUUCUUUCAGGGGAAACUCGAGCCGGCUGAGAGACUUUUCGGUUCGGCAAUACAGGAAGCUAAGGAAGGUUUUGGAGAGAAGGAUCCACAUGUUGCAUCUGCAUGCAACAAUCUGGCAGAGUUAUAUAGAGUCAAGAAAGAAUUCGACAAAGCAGAGCCUUUAUACCUAGAAGCUGUUAGUAUCUUGGAGGAGUUCUACGGUCCUGACGAUGUGCGUGUUGGUGCUACUCUCCACAACCUUGGACAACUCUAUCUUGUCCAGCGAAAACUUGAGGAAGCUCGUGCGUGCUAUGAGCGUGCUUUAAAGUUGAAAGGACGAGUCCUGGGGUAUAAUCAUCCGGAUUAUGCAGAGACAAUGUAUCAUCUUGGAACGGUAUUACAUAUGCUAGGAAAAAAUACAGAUGCGGAAGCUCUUAUUCUGGAUUCUCUUAAAAUACUUGAGGAAGGUGGUCAAGGAGAGUCCAUGGCAUAUAUCAGGAGACUGAGAUAUCUUUCUCAGAUAUAUAUACGAUCCAAUCGUCUGGCCGAGGCUGAAAAACUUCAAAGGAAAUUAUUGCACAUGAUGGAAUUAUCGAAGGGAUGGAACUCAAUGGAGGCAAUAACUGCAGCUGAAGCAUUGGCUCUCACUUUACGAUUAUCUGGGAAGCUGGGAGAAGCUCUAGAACUUUUUGAAAAGUGUCUCAAUGCCCGAAAAAAAUUACUUCCAGAAGGACAUAUCCAGAUAGGUGGAAACUUGCUGCACAUCGCAAAGACAUUUAUGCUUCAGGCUAGUCAGAUGAGAAGAACUGAUAACAGUGAAGCUCUAUCCAAACUAGAAAAAGCAAAGAAUUAUCUUGAAAACUCAGCUAGGAUAGCAAAGGACGUUCUGCAUAAGCUUAAAAACCAAAAGAGCAAAGCGCAGAAAGACGAAAAAUCCAGUGCAGCUCUUAGGAAUUAUGAACACGCGGCUUUAGUCAUACUGGUAAGUCUCUAUAGAAGCAAUACUUGGGAAUUAUAUGCUCUUAAGAACAAUUCGUUUGGGACCUUUUCUAUUCGUUGCAGCUGCAAUCUCUUGAGAGUCUUGCAGCUUUGGAGAUGAGCAAAAAUGAGAUCCAUGAGCCAAAGGAAGAAAAUCUGCAUGCAGCUGAAGAUUCACUUCUCCAAUGUGUUACAGCUUACAAAGAGUUUGGUUAUGGAACUCAGCUGCAAGAUUCUUCUGAAGUAAAGUCAGAAUACCUUUCGUGUCUUAAGCAUCUCUCAGCUUUAUUAGCAAAGAAAGAGACGACGCUUAACUCAAAGGCAAGUCCUAUUUCUUUACCAGAGCUCAAGGAAGAAAUUAAGCGUAUUGACAUCGAUCUUCGUUCACAAAAGACAGGCUAAAGCUUGUGAAGGAAACGGUAGAAUCUCUCUAUCUACAGAGAUCAAAAUGUCGAAUAUUGAUCAUGUUUUCCUGUUGAGACUAUAGGAUGAAGAACUGAGAGAGAAAACUGACCUUUUCUCACCGGAAAUAUUUACUCUGGUUUUUGUGUGUUGUUACGGAUUUAUACAAGUUAACCUGAAAACAAUUUACAAAUAAUAAAAGUCAGUUAUUUAAGAAA